AUGUCUUCGCACUCGCAGAGGGCGGCCUCGCUCGGCAGCAGCGGGGCUCAUGAGGAUCACUCCUUGCGUGGGUGCCACGGCACGGGCUGUCGUGGUUGCGUCGUCGAGGAUUUUCACGGCCGCCCUGCCUCCUGCCCCCUCUUGCCGUCCGUUGCACCCGAGCGUCCUCAUCCACUGUCGCACGGUGCCGACUCGUCGAGGAACCUGUCGUUUAACUUCGGCGAAGACGCGCGCUUCUCCGGAUCGGAACUCUACUCAUGCCGCGCCAUGGCAGCUCCCGCCGCAACGGGGAAGGGCGGUGCUAGCGCAGAUGCCCGUGCAGCACUCGCCGGCGGAUGUACAGCAGGUGCGGAGUGCCCUAGCAGAGGCGGUAGCAACGCUGCCAUGGCUAGUUUCGCGAGCGAACUCCACGUCACGCACAACGGCAUUGUGAUACCGCCCAUUCACGGAAUGCCAUGCCCCGGAGGACUGCCGUCCGAGAAACUGGCCGAGUACGCGAAGGUGAAGGACUGUCAAGCGCCGCAGCGGCUGCGGAUGCCGGCCAAGGGAGCCUUCUCCAACGUGACCAGUCUCGCCGUUCUUCGGCGGGUGCAGUCGCUGGUGAACGCACGCCAGGUAGAGCCGGCGGGGUGGAUGCCGAUCGACCCGUCGCCGAUGCGCGUCGGCGCUGUCAGCGACGGAGAUACAGCGGAGGAGGAGUCCGUGGCGCAGAUGCACCGGCGCGCCGCAGCAGCGGAUGGAAAAGAGCCAGAGGUGGGAAGGGCUGCGAGAGACGCUCGCGUCAGUGCCGCACACUCCCCCUCUCUGGCCCCCCAUGGGUUUUCCGAGGCGUUGUUGAUGCCAUCGGACGCGAUGACGGUUGCUGAGAAGUCGGAGGGCGAUGCGGCAGUGGUGGCGGCGACACACGCCAUGCAGCACGCUGAGGACCGAGGCGGCGCAAAGGAGAAAGGGACGCGCGUUCAGCACUUCAUGCCGGUGCAGCAACACCUGCGGCAGCAGCAGCAACAAUACCAUCACGAGGGCCGGACAACCCUAGCACACGCGCGGGCGCCGACGCGCUCUACAUUGUCCCCUGCACGCCCCUGUACUGAAGGUGACACCCAAGAUGACAGUGAUGACGAGCAGUCGCCCCACCGUCACCGCACGGCUGCGCCGAUCGCAUCCGCGCGCUACGGCGACUCGAUGCAAGAUAUCGCCCCGUGCGCGGUCCGAACCGCCGCCUUGGCACAGCGCUCCCCUACCUGCACACGCGCCUCCGGCAGGUCACAAGGCCCGCUGUCUGCCUAUCGUCCCGAUAGAGCCCCCGCACUCACCGCGGCGAUAGCCACGGCUAGCGCGGACCGCAAGCCCUCGUCACGAAUGCCGCGUGGCUUCGAGUUUUUUGUUGAGAAGGGACAGCAGCGCCGCGCUGAGGCUGAGCGCGCACAACACGCACGCGCAGCCGAGUCCGCCGGCGAGCUCUUGACUGCCGCCUCUGAGCAGCAUCACAGCAACGGCGACACUGCGCCCUCGACGGGCGACCGGGCUGCCACGCGGCUGCGCAUGAUGUCGGUUAUGCCGCUGCCACGCGGGUACGAGAUGUACGCGCGGCAAGGGCAGUCACGACGUGCCAAAGCCGAGCGCGAGGAGGAGGAGCGUCGUACCGACGACAUCGUCAACUGCACGCACCAUCCGCGGGUGAACCGCCAUGGAAUCGUGUCCGCUUCCUCCGCACGCAGCGCUCGCGCCCUACAGCGAUCCCCACACCCCCAGCUGCUCACAUCAGCGGCAGCAGAGGGGGACGGCGCACCGACUGUCGAGACGCUGCCUCUGUCGGUGUUUGAGCGCCUCACCAGGAAAGCCGAAGGACGCGAUCAGCGCCUGCUACAGCUCGAGGAGUGCUGCGCGCCAUCGCAUCAGUCGCGCUCCUUCAAGUCCGCUGCUGCAGCAGCGGCGGCGGCGGAGGGCUGCAGCAGCGGCGGUGGCUCCAUGAAAGGAGGCUCUGCCGCUGCCCACAAGCAUAGGGCGACCCAGCAAACGGGGGAAGGAGGUGCGCAGCGCCACAAGGGUCGUGGUGCUGGCCGCAACGUUUUCGAGGACCUCCACGCACAAGAACGCAAGGCUGCGCAGGCCGCUACUGCCGCAUCCGCAUCCCCGAGGAGCCUCGCUUCAAAGGUGUAUGGGAGGGGUGCAGCAUCUGGGCGCGCGUCGGCGAUGGCGCCCAACAAAACAGGGACGGGAUCGGCCGCAGCGAGCGAGGCGGCGGCAGAGGUGACGGUGCACAGGCGGUCGCAAGCAGAGAUUGAGCAGCACCUGGCACAUAUGAUGAGCCGCGAGGCGGAGCGCUGCGCCAAGUGGGAGAAGCACCUAGUGGCCCAAGCGGCCGAGGAGGAGCAGGCGAGGCAUGGGCACGUGGUGCUGAACCCAAAGACGGACGAGUUGGCGGAGCGGGCGCGGACGCGGCACCGCAUUCGCGAGGAGCGGGCAAAGCAGGAGCGUGAGCGCGAGGAGGUGCAGGAGGUGGCGGCAGUGGCAAAGAAGGUGCCUCAGCGCAGCGCAAGUCUACGCCGGGCACCUCGGUCUCCGAAGCCUGCCGAGGAAGGCGCGCAGGCAGCACACAAGGCUGUGGGGGGGACAGAGCCGACACCAACAGCAGCGACACCGGUCAGCUGCGCCGCCGCGGACGACCUCUACAAGCACCAGCUGCGCGCCAAGGAGCGCAAACAGCGCCACCUUGAGCAGGUGCGGCUGGAGUGUGCCGAGGAGGAGCUCAGCGAGUGCACGUUUCGCCCACGAAUCAACCAGGCGUCUGGGAAGAUGGCGCAGCGCCUUGUUGUGGAGUCCUUCCAGGACGGCUACGUGGACAACGUGCCCGAUAGAUUCGCGUCAGCCACGUCGCCAUGGGAGGAGGUGGUCGGCUCUGACGGGUGCGCUGGGAGCGUGCCGCAGCUCGCCGAGUACUGCGACGCUCACCGUGAUAGCCUGCUCGUCAGCUCGCGCAGCGGCAGCCUCUUUCGGGAGCUGAGCCAAGCAUCGGUACCGGCGCACUACGACGUGCCGAGCCUCUCGGAGAUGCCGCGCCCGCGGUCAGCGGGGCGCGGGUUCGACUCUUGUGCUGGGAUGGAUUAUGACGAUGAUCACAUCCACAGCAACACCGAGAGGUCCACCUACGGCGUGCCCUCCGUGGCGUCGCUGGGAAGGGAGGUAACGACGCUGCCACCUCAUUCGUCCGGCCCGCUGGUGGAGCAGCUCCGGAGCCUGGAAGAGAUGCUGCACGAGUGGAAGGAGAUCGAACGCGAGUGCUCGCCCAUUGUAAAGCAGCCUCGGAAGGCCGGCGUAGUCGAUUAG